AUGGAUCUAGCUUUACACAUAAAAGCAAGCAAUCACCUUACGUAUGGAUUGAGCCAAGGCUAUUGUGUUUUCUUAGCCAAAUCUCUCGUCUCUUGGUCAACAAGGAAGCAGAAGGUGGUUGCUCGAUCUAGUGCCGAGUUAGAAUAUGGUGCUGUGUCUGAUCUUUCGUCCAAACUCCAAGCUCUUGAGCAUGUGCUUGGGUCUUUGAGAAGGUUUUACCAACAUUUGAAGUAUCAUGAAGGUGUUUGGGGUUGGUUUCCAAUUAUUUUCUUCGAAAUUCUCGAGUUCGAGGCAAAAGCUAUUGAAAUGGGUCCCUUAUUAAUUCUUGUUGUAGCCAUCUUCGGUGGUCUUGCGGUUCUGGGAUGGCUUCUCAAGAAUGUGAAUUGGUGGAUCUAUGAGCGUCCAUUAGGUGAUAAGCAGUACUCUCUACCUCCAGGAGACAUGGGUUUGCCCAUCAUUGGCAAUAUGUGGUCUUUUCUCUUGGCCUUCAAAUCUGAACAUCCUGAUUCCUAUGUUGCCUCCUUUGUCAAAAAAUACGGAAACACUGGCAUAUACAAGUCGUUAAUGUUUGGGUUUCCAAGUGUUAUUGUGACAAAGCCUGAAACAUGUAAGAAGGUUUUGAUGGAUGAUGAAAAAUUUCAGCCUGGUUGGCCAGCUUCAACUGAGGAGCUCAUGGGAAAGUACUCAUUCAUUGUAUUGCCUUAUGAAGAACACAAGCGUAUAAGGCGUUUGACUUCUACUUCAAUCAAUGGCAUGGACGCCUUGUCUUUUUACUUGACAAUAAUUGAGGACAUUGCCAAAUCUUCUUUGGAGACAUGGAGCAAGAUGGGAGAGAUUGAGCUUCUCACUGAGUUACGAAGAUUCACGUUUCGCAUCAUCAUGCAUAUUUUCUUAGGCCCAGAGAGAGAACAUGUGAUGCAUAGUUUGGGAAAGGAGUACAGUGCGCUAAAUCUUGGUGUUAGAGCUAUGAAAAUCAAUCUUCCUGGAUUUGCAUAUCACAAGGCCCGCAAGGCUAAGAAAAAGCUAGAUGCUGUAUUUCGGAGUGUUGUUGAACAACGAAGAAAGGAAAGGAAGGAAAAAGUUCACAGAAAAUUCAGAGACAUGAUUGAUGAUCUAAUGGAUGCGGAAUUGGACGAUGAGCAAAUAACUGACAUUAUUGUAAUGUAUACGAAUAAUGGUCAUGAAUCUUCAGGCCAUACUACUAUGUGGGCAACAGUUUACCUUCAACAAUACCCAGAAGUUUUUCAGAAGGCUAAGGCCGAACAGGAAGAAAUCAUUAGAAGAAGGCCAGCAACACAGACUACCUUGACGCUCAAUGAAAUUCGACAAAUGAAAUACCUUUCUAAGGUUAUUGAUGAAACCUUCCGCUUGGUUACAUUAUCAUGGAUGGUCUUUCGAGUGGCAAAAUCAGAUGUGAACAUCAAUGGCUACCUUGUCCCUAAAGGAUGGAAGGCUCUUGUUUGGUUCAGGGAAAUUCAUUUCGAUCCUAAGAUAUAUCCAAAUCCUUAUGAAUUCAAUCCUUCCAGAUGGGAUAAUUUUACACCAAAAGCUUUCGAGUUUAUGCCAUUUGGAGCUGGAAGUAGAUUGUGUCCAGGAAAUGAUCUUGCAAAGAUGGAAACCAUAGUCUUUCUUCAUCACUUCCUUCUCAAUUAUCGGCUUGAACGUCUCAAUCCCAAGAGUCAUGUGAGGUACCUUCCACAUCCAAGGCCUACUGAUAACUGCGUGGCCAAGAUUCAUAAAAUAUCCUAAGCGUGAUUAAGCUGAUGAGAAAAGCACAACUCAAUAGUUAAUGAGCUUCAUAAUGGGCUUCAAUAUUGAGCUUUUCUAAAGAGAGUCCAAACCCAACAUAAGAUUGCUGGGAUAACCAAAUAAAGACAGCAUUUAAUUUGCCGGGGUUAUUUGGUCUUUAUUGUUUUUGUGUUGAAUUAAUCAUCAUUUCUCUUUAUAUGUAUGUUCUGGGAAAGCCCCAUGUUGGAAUCUCUCAUAUGUCAUGGGUGCUGCUUAUGAGCCCACGUUGAGACCUCUUAUAUGUC